GACACUAUGGCCUGCUUACAUAUUCUCGCGAGAUUGUCUAUGGCGCACACAUUCGAGCGUGAGAAAAACUCAAUCAGUUCAUCCUCUCUAAACUGAAAGCGCCCAAUCAUCAUACACUCACAACAACUGAUCUUGAACCCUCUUUGCAGAGAGAACAUAUAGGCUAGGUUUAUUAUGACAUUUGUACAGGUAUUUUCUUGUAGGCCUACCGUGUGAUGAUUGGCUGGUUCCGUUCCCGACUGUUCAGUUCAGCAGAACUCCAUUAGAGACGCUCAUGUUUUUUUUUUCAUCCAGGAAGAUUCACCUCUCAUUUUAGAGCAGCAAAUAGCAAAGGUUUGUCAUAAGGCCUAGGCUACUUAAAUGGUUGUAUGAUGCUGUUCGUUAAAAAGGGCUAAACUCAGGCAAAUAGCCUAACUCACAUAGACACAAACUUAAUCUUAUUUGGAUAUUUUAUUAGGCUAAAGGUUUCAUUUAGACUUGUUAUGGAUAAAGAUGCCAGAUGAGAAUUGACAAUCGAGAAUCAGGCUAUUACAAGCAACAUACUGCCUGCUUGUAAUAGACUAAAUAAGCGUUUCUGAAUAGGCUAUAAAUACCACGAUCAAUAGCCUACUGAUACUGAAUAGCCUAUAUUUUACUUUAGGUAACCUAGGCAUCUUGUUUACAUAGCCUAGUCGGACACCAUGCUGUGACUACAGUUUAGCCUUCAGAGUUGUUUGACCGGACCACGCCAUCUCACUCUGGGAGUGGCUCUGUCACCUGCCUGCCUGAGGGUGUGUCAUCCUGAAGAAGACAACUUUCGUAAGCUAAAUACCCAGAGAUUAAGUCUCUGAUGGGCCAUGAUCCACAGCUGAAAUGGGUGGUAUCGGGUAUGGUCCUCACACAGCUUCUGGCCUGUUACCUGGUGCAUGAUCUCAGCUGGAAAUGGGUAUUUUUCUGGGCGUACGCCUUCGGUGGCUGCAUCAACCACUCGCUCACACUGGCCAUCCAUGACAUCUCCCACAACGUGGCCUUCGGUAACAAGCAGGCACGCCUGAACCGCUGGUUUGCCAUGUUCGCCAACCUCCCCAUCGGCCUGCCCUACUCCGCCUCCUUUAAGAAGUACCACGUCGACCACCACCGCUACCUGGGCGGAGACGGUCUGGACGUGGACAUCCCCACGGAGAUGGAGGGCUGGUUCUUCUGCACUCCGGCACGAAAAGUCCUCUGGCUCUUCCUGCAGCCUUUGUUCUAUGCACUGCGUCCACUGGUGGUGAACCCUAAGCCAGUCACCCAACUGGAGUUGCUGAACGCAACCGUUCAGUUUGCGGUGGACUUCGUAAUUUACUACCUGUGGGGACUGAAGCCCAUCGUUUACCUGAUCGCAGGCACUAUCCUGUGCUUGGGUCUGCACCCCAUCUCUGGACACUUUAUCGCGGAGCACUACAUGUUCCUGAAGGGCCAUGAGACGUACUCCUACUACGGCCCUCUCAACCUUAUCACCUUCAAUGUGGGCUACCAUAUGGAGCAUCACGACUUCCCCAGCAUCCCUGGCAGUAAACUUCCGCUGGUGAAGAAGAUUGCAGCGGAGUACUAUGACGGUCUCCCCCAGCACACGUCGUGGGUGCGCGUGCUGUGGGACUUUGUGUUCGACGACAGCAUCGGCCCCUACGCCAGGAUCAAGCGUCAGUACAAGCUCGUCAAACAGGAAUGAAGGCACCAGUCAAGUGACAUGCAUCACAUAGUGAAAACUGUUUGUGUUGCUUUCCUUGUACCGCCUGCCCACACGCAAUAGAGGUUAAGCAAAUGCUCCAGCUCAGGGGGGGGGGGGGGGGAGUUUCGGGACGCUCCUUUUCACAAACACACCUUUAAACUAGGAGGAAAAUGACAUUUGAUUUCAUAUUUGGCUUCCCAAACCUGUUUGUCUUGUUUCUCAGGAUAAUCCUACAGGAUUCUACAGUUUGAUAGUCUAGUGCACAGCUGUACAGAGCUUUGUUAACCUAUACCACUAAAGUCCCAUCAAGCGGUGCAAACCAUUCUGGACCACUGAAUCAUUUCAUUUGUUAUCACCGGUUAGGAUAUGUGUGAUGUGACUAAGGAUGAGAUUAUGAUUUUUAUUCAACAAGUGAAACACCAUUCAUUUGAGAAAUGAGUCCCUAUCCUGAAUAUCUGACCUCAGUUUUGAGGUUCACUUUCUCAUUCAUUAAAACUCAGCCAUGUCUUCAUUCAUUGGGCUGGUUUCCCAUACACGCAUUAAGCCUGGUCUUAAUCCAUGUUAGUUCAAUGUCUAAGAAAAAAAAGAAAGUAAAUAACAUUUUGCUAUAUUGAAUUAUUUAUCCAUUCGAUUUGGAGAGUGGUUGAUUUUGACAGAACUUUCAGAUAUUGGAAGGUUAUUCUAAUUCCAAGUGAUUUGUUUAUUUACUCACAGUGCUAAGUAGACACAGAGGAUUGUGGAGACAAAAUGUCCAUUGUAACGUAUUAAGUUGCAAUGGAUGCCAUUUGGAAUUAAAGCUGUUUACCGCGUGCUGCUAACUCUUGCUUAUGAAGACUGACUGAGCAUAAUGCUCUGAGCUAUAGAAAAAGAAGUCCAGUCACACUCUUUUGAAUAUUUCUUUGCAUAAUGUUUGACAAGAAAAAAUAUUAUUUAUAGUGCUCCUCUAAUGCGUUUUCCCUCCAUAUACCUUGUACUGACAUAAUUGUCUGUUUGCACCUAUUUUAAAUGUCACUGUUUGUUUAAUAGGAUUUUUACAUUAAGAAAAUAAAUGUUUAUAAAAUUGAUUAAAAAGAAGAAUGUAUAAACAAGAAAUCAUGUAUUUCUAAUGAGGUCUUUCUUGUGGAUUUCUUGUUACAAAAUGGUUUGUCCUGUUGAUGGAGAGUUAACUGUGUUCAUAAACUGGUCUUUAGGAACGUCACAC